AUGUCCACGAGGGUUAAAUUAAAUGUCGGUGGGCAGCUCUUUGAGACGACUUUACGAACACUGGAACCAUCCAAGAAGCUAACGGAACUGGUCAAGGAAGCGCACUGCUCUUACCAUGCAUUUGCUGAAGAGAAGCAGAACGACCCUAUUUUUGUGGACAGGGAUCCCGAACCGUUCCUCGCUAUACUGAAGUAUCUCCGUGAUGGAAAAAUCAGCCUCACCCAAAACGUUUUGAAUAUCGAGCGAAUCAGAGAUGAAGCUGAGUACUAUGGGAUCGAGUCGUUAGUUGAAAAGCUGAACUAUGAAGAAUCCCAUCGUGGGCCGUUCUUCGCUGGAGAGAUUGUUGUGUGGAGGGACCCAAAUAUUCGCCGUCUCUGCGCAGAUAUAGGAAUUCAUUUCGACGGUUCUACGGAGAAGUUGCCGUUGUGCUUGAAUGCGUUCCGAGAAAUUGAUGGUAUGGAAGAACACGGCUGUCCAUGGUGUCACGUGACUAGGAAAGUGGAGCAGAAUAAUUGUAUUUUUGAUUACCCUUAUCAUCAGACUCAUUGUGAUGGAACAAUUAUUAAGGUAUUUUGUGCGGAAAAGUGUAACUUUACGUGGUUGUCGAAGCGAGUACAAUAA